AUGGCGUUUACGGUGAGAUUAUACAUGUUGCUGGCCAUCGCAGUCCCCAUAUUGGCACUCCCCGUAUUUGGAACCGUUAGGCUCCCCAUAUUGGCAACAACCGAUGACCUCCCCGAAGAAUAUCCUCCAGAUGAACCUCAAAGAGAAGACACCGGUACAAUGCAUAAGUUCAUUAAAACGUACCGCCAUGAUGAAUGUCCACCAUUUGGACACAUCGACAACAGCUUUAACGUAACGGUGUUGGGCACUACAGCGCCGAAAAUAGGCGGAUGUGCUUCUAUGACACCAAGAAACCCGAGUUGGAGACCAUCGUUUAACUUGUGGCUGGGCAGUUCUGAAACAGGCGGCGGAAAGUGUGGAGAUAAAAAUAUGGACCACUACAUAUUUCAGUGUGAGGAAAGAACACCGUUUAUCUCCAAGAACCUCACACUACAUGGCUGGCGUUCAUAUUUAUACUCCAAAACAUGGACAGGAAAACCAGACUUCAGAUGUGCUUUUUACAAAACGGUUAGUGAAGACCCACCAAUGUUCAAGAUGGUGAUUAGUGGGUGGAACUCGUGCGAUGGUCUAUUGAAGAGAAUGGAACAAUCUGAGCAAGCAGUUCCCGAGGGGUCCCGAUUGUCCGCCGAUGGAACGAUAUCUCUUCUUUUUAGUAGAGACUCCCCAGUAGUGCCCAUGUGGAAUCCAUCGAAGAGACUGGAACAAUCCGAGGAAGCGGUUCCCGAGGGGUUCCGACGUAUAACCGAUGGAUCGAUAACUCUUAUUAUUGAAAACUCUCGACAAAGGCUCAUUUCUGGACCGUCACGCGUAAUUUGA